UCUUCCUCCUCAUCCUCUUAUAAAAUCCCUGAAACUUGUCUUCUCCGCUUAACUAACCAGACGGAAACAAAUCCACCAAAUAAGAAAAGAAAAGAAAAUAGAGAGAGUUUAUACCAUUCUUGAGGAGAAAGAAGAAAAUGGAGCAUACUUUGCUGCAUGCUUUGCAUCAAGUGGGGCAUAAUGUUCAGCAUCUGAGUCACGGGAUAGAGAAGGUAUCGGAAGGUAACUUGGAAAUAUCGGACGAAAACGGGAACAUGGUCAUGAAGAAUAUUUCUGGACUAACUCGCGACAUGAGGAUCUUAGUGGAUGCUUCUGGAACUCCGCUCUUGACUUUGAGAGAAAAGUCUAUGAGCUUGCAUAGCAGAUGGCAAGUAUUUAGAGGAGAGAGUACAGAACAGUGUGAUCUGCUGUACACAGUGAAGAAAUCGUCGUUGGUUCAGGUUAAGGUCAAACUUGAUGUGUUUAUGAGUCACAAUAAGGAAGAGAAGAGAUGUGAUUUCAGAGUCAAAGGGGGUUCUUAUAAGCGUUCUUGUGUUGUCUACGCCGGUGAAUCUGACGCCAUUGUUGCCCAAGUGGAGCCUGAGGGAAAAAUCAAUUACUCUGUGACGCCUUACCCAAACGUUGAUCAUGCCUUCAUUCACUCGCUCCUUUUUAUUUUCUAUUCCAUUGACGGCAGAGGUUACUCCGCCGGAGGCAGAUGAUGAGAUCAUAACCGGAGUAAACCCAAUCCAAAGUACCAAGAUGGACCGGUUUGACUUAUUCUUCAUCUUUUUUCUUAUUUCCUUUGUUUUAGCAAAUAAACAGAGUGUGUUAUGUUUUCUAGUUUCUUGGCUGACGUCGUCUUUUCAUGAUUUCCACUUCCCCAUUAUGUAAUUUGUUUCCAGCAUUGUAAGAGGAACGAAUAGUUCCAUUUGUUUCCUAUAUAAAUGAGAAAAACCAAAAGAAAAGGCAAACUGAAAAUUUGGUUUAUCUUUUCAUCGGUUACUUCAUCA